AAUAUUUCCCAAUCCACGUCCUAAAACCCUAGUAAAACCCUUCCGUGUUUGGCUAUGGCGUUCAACUCAAUUCUUCGCAAGUCGGGUUCUUUUGUGAGGGCUCUUGCUGUGGCGGGUCAAUUGACGAAGAAUAACCACCUGGGUCACCGCACGUUAAUUUUCUCGGCCAUCAACCACCACAAGGAUUCGUUUGUUCCAAAGUUUCACUUUUCUUCUGCAGCUGCCCGGAAGAAACCAACCUCCGAUGAGAACCUUCUCCGAGUCAUCGAAUCCGAAAUCGCAUGCGCCCAGGAAACCGACGAUCACAACGCAGAGGAAGGAGUUCCGAGUAAUUUUCCCUUUAAAAUAAUUGAUAGUCCCGGAAAUCAAACUAUAACGCUCGAGAGAACGUACCAAGAUGAGGAAAUUAAGGUAGAGGUUCACAUGCCUGAUUUGGUUACUGGGGAAGGAAAUGACGACGAUGACGAUAAUGAGGGUGAAAGAGCUCCUCAGUCUAGCAUUCCACUUUCGGUCAGUGUUUACAAGAAGGGUGGACCCUAUCUAGAAUUUAACUGUGUGGGUUACCCUGAUGAGAUUGUUAUUGACAGUUUGUCUGUUAAGAAUCCUGAUCUUACCGAGGAUCAAAUUGCCUAUGAGGGACCUGACUUCCAGGACUUGGAUGAGAAUUUGCAGAAGUCUUUCCAUAGGUAUUUGGAAAUCAGAGGAAUCAAACCCAGCACAACCAAUUUCUUGCAUGAGUACAUGAUCAACAAGGACAGUAAAGAGUACUUGGUGUGGCUGAAUAAGCUCAAGAACUUCGUUCAAGCGUGAGCCUUCACGUCUUCUUAUGUGCUUACCGCGGUCGUUUAAUUUGAAGAAAGUAUGGUCGUGGCUGAAAUUUUGGGUAAUCAUUUGCUUAUACAUUUGAAGGAAACAAUACCGAAAGAUUUUAUCUUAGUGGUUUAGUUGUAGCGCUGCUCCUAUUACCUAUUGAAGGGAGAUCAUGCGUUUAAGUGUUGGCUGAAUUGAUUUAGAUGCAAUAAGUUUGAUGGAGAAAAUUGUUGGUUUAUGUUUGAUUGCAUGCCUUCAGUGUUUUUCAACCUUUCUUAUUUUCCAUUGAGUAAA